GAUCGCUUAUAUUAUUUCUGACAUCAGACAUCUAAAUGCCAAUGGGACUGGGAUCUUUUCAAAUCAAAUAUUAGAAAUAUCGUACUGAACACGUCUGUAUAAUUCAUAUUUCUACUCAAUAUUUCAAAACCAACAAACGUAACAACAAGGCCACCAGCAGCGAAAAUAGCAAUAUAGAAAGCAACUAACAAGUAAGUUAGAUAUUUUCCUGAAUAUUUCAUAAUGGCCAACUCACGCAGUACAUACUGGGAUCAGGUUUUUCAGGAUGCUAUUCAUGGGGCUAUGCAGCUCCCACCACUCUGUGUAGAUAUUAUCAAUACGAUUCAGUUCCAGAGAUUACGUAAUAUCAAACAAUUAGGUUUGGUUUAUUACGUUUAUCCAUGUGCUUCACAUAACAGAUUUGAACAUUGUCUGGGGACAUGCUAUCUUGCUAGCAAAAUGAUUCGUCACCUUAAGGAGCAAAAUCCCGAUCUGCAAAUAUCUGAUCGAGAUAUACUUUGUGUUGAAAUUGCUGCUUUGUGUCAUAAUUUAGGACAUGGCCCUUUCUCUUACGCCUUUCAAGAAAUUAUCAACCAACAUCGCAAGGAAAAUGGAGGUGAAAAGUGGAAAAAUGAAAAUGCAACGUGCGAAAUGUUGGAUGAACUUCUUAAAAAAAACGGACAUAUUAAAAAAGAACUUGAGCUUGAUGACAUUGAUUUCAUAAAAGAUAUUAUCAUUGGUGAACCAAGAAAUUCUAAGAAGAAGAAGCCAAAGUUUUUUUACCAAAUUGUCAACAAUACAGACUAUAAAAUCGACGUUAAUAAAUGGGAUUACCUGGCAAGAGAUUCUCAUUUUCUUGGCAUUGGAAAAUCAUUUGAUCACGGAAGAAUGAUGAAAAUGUCCAAAGUAAUAAAUGAUGAAAUAUGCUACAGAGACAAAACACUUGAUAAUUUCUAUGAUAUGUUUUAUUCCCGAUAUCGACUACAUAAAGCAGCUUACCAACACAAAACUGUUCUACUGUUUAAUACGCUACUUGGAGAGGCAUUCAGAUCCGCAGAUAAACACAUGAAAAUUUUCGAAAAGGUUGACGAUAUGAAGAAAUUUACUUAUUUUACAGAUAGUGUUUUGGAGGAAAUAUUAAAGAAUGAGAAUAAUGAAGGUCUCAAAGAGGCACAGAAAAUAUUGGAGAGUAUGUUUUACCGGCAUUAUAAAUACAACGGUACAGACAAAGAUGGAAAUUACCAAGGCGAAGACCAAGAGAAAAUAUUCUGUGAAGCCAAUUUGGAUUAUGGAGCUGGAGAGGAAAACCCAUUAGAGAAAAUACCAUUUUAUAAAAAAGGUGGGAUUGAAUCCUUCAAAUAUAAACAACAAGAAUUAGAAGACAAGCUUUUGCUGCCAAAAAAAUUUCAUUUGAAAAUCUAUCACUGUUUUGAAAAGCGAGUGAAUAACUAAAAUGAAGGAAGUUACAAGAUAAAAGAGAGUGAUUUUUAAAAAAUGAACAAUAAGUAAUGAAAAAAUAAUAGAAAAGCAAGAACCUUGAGAAAAAGCAAUAGCAAAACAAUCAGAUCGAAUAUGACGAAACAAAGAAGAAAUGAAUGUGUGAAAUAAGAAAUAAGACAUGCUAAAAGUUAAAAAUAAU